GCAUCAAAGUCGAUAAAUUCGUGUUGGGUAUGUGUGUGUGGGUAUGUUAUGUAUUGCAUUCCCGCCAUUAUUGCAGUGGUUCAUUCUUAACGAGACUGCCGCCCUCCCCUUUCUAGUAGAACUAUGGACUCGUCCAAUGUUUUCGAUCCCCCACCGAAUAUAAUUUUCGUAUCACGGGCUUAGGUUAUGAAACUUUUUCGUCUCAAACGAUUGCUAAAAAUUAGAAUCAUUUUUUUAGCCAGGCAGAGAAUUAAAAUAUGUAAAUAUAAAAUGACAGUGAAUAGUUUUUCACGUAAUGUUUGGGUUCGGCCAUUUUGAAGUGGGGAAGGUACUAGGAGAAAACAUGCGAUAGCUUCUGUCAGUCGCAACGAGUACAUCGAAACCUGAAACGCGUACGAUUGAUUAUUUUUACCAAACGAUCGUUCAAAGGAAAUUGUUAUCACGCAUAAAAAUGAUAAUUGUACAUAAAAAUAGAGAAGAAAAUAUCCUCGCAGAUAUCCCUCUGUCAGCCAUGUGCAUAAGUAUAUCGUUUAAAAUGUCCUCACAGGCCGUGCCGGACGGCCAAUCAGAAUAAGGCGGCGUAACCACGUGACCGCGGCCAGCCAAUCGUCGGGGCGGGAUUUGAAAUCGUGCGUGGUCUUUGUUCACGAGCUUGCCGUCAACGUUACUUCAGUUCCGUAAAGGGGGCCUUGUGUCGGUGUCCGUUUAUACAUGGUCGCUGCCAAAAAUCGCAUAAUUCUCUUGUAAAUAUAUGUGUGAAAGUGGUGCUUGCCCGCGAGGACGACGUGCUUUAAGGAUUGUCAAAUACACGAAUAACUGUUGAACCUGUUCGAGUCUAAAGAUCACAAAGCAAGUUAGCUGACGGAUGGAAAACGUUGGAGGGAUCGGCGUCUAGGAUGGAAUAGAGGUAGUCGUGCAGGGGCCCUUUAUGACCUGCGAAGGAUUUCAGGUUGAAUAGCUUCAGGGUCUUAGGAUCGUCUAACGCUCGAGGACCCUUCUCGGAACUCGAGCUUGAAGAGGCGAGGGAAGAAAGAUUAUCCUGUUGCAUGAACGAGAUACAAUUUUCGACGACGACCCUCCUUCCUGUAAAUGGCCAAGCAUAAAAUUACACGCUUACGACCCUUUGCAAAUUUAUUUUUAAUCGAUACGUCCUCAUUUCCUUACAAUUUUUCCAAAUAUUAAACUUAUUCUCAGCUUCCUAAAAAUUAUCAAACACUUAUGGUAUUUGAAAAAUUCAAAAAUUCCAAUUUUUCCCAAGUCGACCCGAGGUCACUGGCACAGCCGGUGGUUUCCUCUGAGAACGACCGAGUGGAACGACCAUUUGAUACUCUGCGAUAUUAUUACAAUCAGGUGAAUGUUGGAUACGGAGAGUAGACACGGUACUGGGCUGGUUCAGGGACCGACGAGGGACCCUUGGCUCACGAUGGAUUACUACCUCGGCACGGAUAGCCUGUCGCUGCAAGAGAUGCUCGACGUCGACAUCAAAUGCGAAAUCGAAGGAGUGAUCGGCGGGCACACGGAAUUGGGUUUCAAUUUCACCGAUAUGUCCAGCUUAGAGAUGGACGACGACCCGAUCGGCUGCCAGGGGGACAUCAGUGGAUGGUUUGGUUCCACCAGUUUGAUCAACGGGAACAGCAAUUCAUCCAAUAGCAAUUUCAAUCUGGACCUAAGCGGAAGCGACGCCGCCUCCAUUAUGGUGAACCCAAAUUCUGUGAUGCCACACAUAGCGAUCCGUAGUCCCAGCCCGAGCAACGGUAGGAGGCACUUCUCGUUCUCCACGAGGAAGGAGAUAAAGGAGGAGAAGAUAGACGUGGAGGACGAGCUGGAGAACGAUGCCGGUAGUUACAUAGAGAACGAGAACGAGCAUGAAAACGACAACGAGAACGAGUUGGAGAACGAAAUUGGCAACGACACCGAGACCGAGCAAUACGAGAACGACAUCACGGAAACGGAAGAGGAUUCCGAGGACGAGCAAGAGAUCCCGAAGGCCGUAACACCGUCGAAAUUGAAAACAGUACCCGUGUCCACCCUGAAGGCUUCGCCGCAGUUUUUAAAGACACAGACAACCACCAAGAUAAACGGCAUGCCCGGCAUCAGGGUACGGAACUUCAAACUCCUUCAGAAUCCUAAUCAGACACCUCAGCACGUGCGAAAGCAGAUCUACAACAAUAACGUGCACAUCAGUCCAGGAGCCGCCGCUAUGGCGUCCAUGAAAAGGGAGAAGGAAUUCGAUUUGUCCGACUACGACGACAAAUCUUAUCCCAAACCGGCUUACUCUUACUCCUGUUUAAUCGCGAUGGCGUUAAAGAACAGCCAGACCGGCUCUCUACCCGUGUCUGAGAUAUACAAUUUUAUGUGCGAGCAUUUCCCAUAUUUCAAAACGGCACCGAACGGCUGGAAGAACUCUGUCAGGCACAAUUUGUCCUUGAACAAGUGCUUCGAGAAGAUAGAGAAGCCAGCUGGUAAUGGGAACCAGAGGAAAGGUUGUCUGUGGGCGAUCAACCCGGCGAAGGUUGCCAAGAUGGACGAAGAGGUGCAAAAGUGGUCGAGAAAGGAUCCUCUUGCCAUUAAGAAAGCUAUGAUAUAUCCGGAUCACUUGGAGCUUCUCGAGAGGGGGGAGAUGAAGUACGCCGGAAGCGGGGACGUUUCCGAGGAAACUGAGAGUUCCGGGGACGAGGCCGUCGAGGAGAGUACCGCCUUCGACGAGUCCAUCCGCGGUCACCUGGCUGCGAACUCUGUGACCGACAGUUACGACGAGAGCAGUCAGGACUGCGACGUCGACAUCACGGAACAGCUGUACGACGAGAUCGACAUCGAGGAGAACAAGGAAGCGUUGCACAUGCAGCUGAACAUCUCUAAACAGGAAUCGUUCGAGUACGAGCUUAGCCCCAGUACGAAGAGGCAAAAGACGUUGACCGGUACGAUACAGGGUAAUUAUUUGUAUCAACCUGUGACCACGUCGCGAAGAAAAACGCCUCUCCUUCUGCGAGCCGGCAUGGGCAGCGGUUCUUUUCUUAAAAUCGAUUAAGCCUGAACGUAAAUUCCUAAUUUUAUAUACUGUCGAUAGAAAGGCAGAGGAGCGAGAUGUGAAUCCGUAGAGAAUAAUUGAUACAGAGAAAAUUCUGUGCUUUUUAUUUCAUACUUAACCCUGCUAUUCUAUGGCGGUUUAGCGAUUCUCAUUUAUUUAUAGGGACUUAUACAAAAUACACAUUUUUUCCCCACUGGGAGUUUGUCUAUAAGUAAAUGAAAAGAUUCAGAGAGGAUAGUGGGGUUAAGGAGGAGGAAAGAACUUGUGUAUCAUGGAAAUGAAGAGAAUUUAUUUUGUAAUAAGUUAUGAUUUCCUUUUUUAUUUUUCUACCAGUACUACCACAAUUUUCACUUCUAGAUGAUUCUUAAAAUUGAUGAUACAUAAGUUUUUUUUUUUUUAAUACGUUGGCAACGCGUUAAACAUGAUUAUUUUAAAGUACAGUUUCUUAUAAUUUGACCUCUGAAUGUUUUUAUUUAACAAAUAUCUCUGUAUCAAAUAUCUUCUACCGUUAUCGACAGCUGUCAAUAACAACGUUCGUUACAGCUGCAGAAAUUGUACAUGCAAAAUCAGUUUUCAAAUUAACGCGCGAAACAGGUACAGUAUGUAUCAUAGUGUCCGUUCGUCUAGUGUAUUUUGUAAUUUCAAAUAAAUUAUUGAAAUUCUAAAUUAUUGAAUAUUCUAAA